UUUUUUCCAUUGAGCUGCUACAGGCUUUUCAUUUAAAACAAAUAUGAAAUAAUAGCAUUUAAACCCUGCUUAACCGUCCGUUGGGUGUCAUUGAGAAAAUAAAACAUAUAAUACUUCAAGGAGAAAUCAAUGACCAUAUGAUGACAGAUAUUUAGAAAAAAGUAUGUAACCUAUUACAAACGACCGACUUUUACUUUGACAAUAAAAGGCCUCUUUUAUGUUUUACUGUCCGUCUGUGUAAAAGGACUCGCUGGCGCCCUCCCAUAUCAUUGCUUCUCACUGGUGGUUUGAUUUAUUGUACAACAUCUGUGAGAAAAUAAACGAAGAACAGAAAUCACUUUUCACAUUUCAGCAUGAAGGCUGCUUCUGAGCCGAAAGGGAUGAGCUCAGAGCUGCGGAAGGUGCGCUCGCGCGACGCGGCGCGCUGUCGGCGUAGCCAGGAGACGGAGGUGUUCUACGAGCUGGCCCACAGCCUGCCCCUGCCGCGGCGCAUCACCUCACACCUGGACAAGGCUGCCAUCAUGCGCGUGGUGCUCAGCUACCUGCGCAUGCAACGCAUUCUGGCCACAGACGAGGCCAGAGCAGUGGAGCAGAAGGAGAGUGAAGAGGAGGAGGCCCCUGAUGAGCUGUACCAGCACGCCAUCGACGGCUUCAUCAUGGUGAUGACUGAGGACGGCGACAUGAUCUUCCUGUCCGACAGCGUCAACAAGCACCUCGGGAUCACUCAGCUGGAGCUGCUGGGCCAGAGUGCUUACGACUUUGUCCACCCCUGUGACCAAGAGGAGCUACGGGACCUACUGUCCCUCAGACCAGCCUUUCUGAAGAAGAGCCGGAGUGAGAGGCUGACGGAGCGCAGCUUCUUCCUGAGGAUGAAGAGCACGCUGACCAGCCGAGGAAGAACGGUCAACAUCAAGUCUGCCUCUUGGAAGGUCCUCCACUGCACGGGGCACCUGCAGCCCUUCAGGGCCCAGGGCGCCACAGCGCCCCCUAUGGGCGGCUACCUGACACUGCUGUGUGAGCCCAUUCCUCACCCGUCCAGCGUGGAGUUCCCUCUGGACUGCAGCACCUUCCUCACGCGCCACAGCAUGGACCUCGGCUUCACCCAGUGCGACGGCAGGGUCACAGAGCUCGUGGGCUACGAACCGGAGGACCUGAUUGGCCGAUCAGUGUUUGAGUACUAUCAUGCUUUGGACUUCGAUCAUGUGACCAAGAGCCUUCACAUAUUGCUGUCCAAGGGCCAGGUGUCCACCAGACACUAUCGCUUCCUGGCCAAGAACGGGGGCUUUGUGUGGGCUGAGACCAAAGCCACGGUCAUCUACAACAGCAAGACUUCUCAGCCGGAGGCCGUGGUCUGCCUCAACUUUAUCCUCAGUGGGGUGGAGCAGGCAGAGGUGGUGUUCUCGGCGGAGCAGACUCGCUCCACGGUGUGCUCUGCUCUGCCGGCGGGUGUGAAGGUGGAGGUGGCGGUGGCGGAGAUGGAAAAGGAGUCGCUCAGUGAUGGCAAAGCCUCCUCCUCCUCCUCCUCUUCAUCCUCCUCCUCCUCAGGAGAGCUGUUCCUCCGGCUGAAGGAGAACCCUGAGGAGCUGCUGCAGCUGGCCCCAGCACCCGGGGACACCAUCGUCCCCCUCACAGACUCUGCUGACCUGUCUUUCUACCGCUCGGAGGCGCCGGACUCACUCCCCGACUUCCCCGAGGAGCUCUGCAGCCCGGAGCUCCGCCAGCUCCUCUCCCCCAUCUUCGACCAGCCCAUGUCUCCAGCGUCGACUCUCAGUCCGGUUAGUGAGGGGCCCAUGGACACUGGCAAGGUGGAGCGGUUCUUUGCCAUCAAACCGGACAGUGAAUGUGGAGAGAAGAACACAGAGAUUGUGGACGAGAUGGAUUUGGACAUGCUGGCCCCGUACAUCUCCAUGGACGAUGACUUCCAGCUCACGGCUCUGACCCACUUCACCGAGGCAGACCAUCUCACCCUGGCCCCCCCAGACCUCGGCUCCACCCCCCCAGCACCAUCCAGGAAGAGGGCCUAUGAGGUGGACGAGGACAUGCCCUCGUUGGAGCACAAGUGGGAGAAGCGACAGAGAAACAGCCCCAUAGAGGAAGAGCUGCUGCUGACCCACAACAUGCUGAAUUAUUUGAUCGACUCUGAGGGUCCCGAUGACUUGGAGCUGAUGCCGGGGCAGCAAAGUAAGCUGUUAACUGACCGAGACCCCAUUCUGGGAGCCACGCCUGGACUAUGUGACUCCAUGGCCCUGAUGAAGGACCCCUUUCUCCUCCGUCCCCCUGAUCCAGUGGGACGAGACCUUGGCCCCAUCUCCCCCCUCUCCUGAAGAAGUGUGUAUGUGUGUGUGUGUGUGUGUGUGUGUGUUUGCCCUGUAUGCUUCAGUGGGACGAGACCUUGGCCCCAUCUCCUCCCUCUCCUGAAGCAGUGUGUGUGUGUGUGUGUGUGUGUGUUUGCCCUGUAUGCUUCAGUGGGACGAGACCUUGGCCCCAUCUCCCCCCUCCUGAAGAAGUGUGUAUGUGUGUGUGUGUGUGUGUUUGCCCUGUAUGCUUCAGUGGGACGAGACCUUGGCCCCAUCUCCCCCCUCUCCUGAAGAAGUGUGUAUGUGUGUGUGUGUUUGCCCUGUAUGCUUCAGUGGGACGAGACCUUGGCCCCAUCUCCUCCCUCUCCUGAAGCAGUGUGUGUGUGUGUGUGUGUGUGUGUGUUUGCCCUGUAUGCUUCAGUGGGACGAGACCUUGGCCCCAUCUCCCCCCUCUCCUGAAUCAGAGUCCAGCCCCUCUCUUCCCUUGUCCAGCCAACCAAUGACCGACAGCUGAAGGAUUGGUGGGAGAUUGGGUGUUAGCUACCAUGAUGGAUUUUAUAACCAUGAUACAGUAUACAUUUUCACAGAUUGUAUUGCAUCUUUAUCAAGUUAUAUUGCACAAACAAGCUACUGUACUUAAUCACUACAUCCUUUAUAUGUUUAUACACAAAUACAUUAUAUCCUAUAUCCUUUCAUCUCUAAAAGGGUUAUUGUUUUUAUUAAUAACAAGAUGCAUUACCCAUGCAACUCGUGUAGCUCAGCUCUUCAAUACAAAUUUUUCAGUAUUUUUUAUGUUCUGUUUUAAAAACACAUAAAUGCUACUGUUGUUCAUGUUCAUGAAAUACUUUUAAGUUCACUUUUUCCCCUCCGCAGUUGAGCAUGUAUUGAAACAUUGAGGUGACAGGCAUCUAAACUUUUUUAAUAUAAUUCUGUGACCAUAAAUGUUUUUAGGCCAUAAAUGAUCAGCCUCAGACCUGGAAAUAGAAGAGCCCAUUGCAAAAGCAAGUUAACUAUCUUCAGUGUGCUCGGAUAGAGUCCUACUGUCAAUAUCUGUUAACAUGCAGCUGUGAGAAGUGUGUGCUCUUAAUCUAGUGUCUGACUGAGACCCCUUUAAAAACGGUUGGACCCUGCCGUCCAUUUUGUGGCCAGUGAUGUGAAGUCUGUGCUAUUGUCACUUGUGUUUGUUUUUUUUGUUUGUUCGUUUGUUUGUUUGUGUGUGUGUUUGUUUGUUUGUUUGUACCCACAUUCUCAUGGAGAUUUAAGCCAUUCCGCACACUUAUGGCAUUUGUCCCAGUGUAGACAAAAGUCAAACUGAAGUCAGCUGUCCUGUUUUUAGAAUAACGCAACUCUGACCUCAGCUUCAACUCGCAACCUCUGUCUCCAUGAGGAACCGUACACAGUAAAAAAAAACGCACAAACCCACUCUCAGCGGUGCUCUCUUAGAACCAGUGCCUUGCGGCAUUGCUCCUGCAACAAACAUAUGCACAACUUCUAUACACUACGUACAGCUUCACUCCAAAAACACAAAGCAAACGCACAAUUUCUGUAUCGCACAUACUUCCAAGGGCUUUCAACCAGGAAGGGCAGUCGGCUCAGGACAGAAGUAGACUGUAGUUGACCAUUAUUGCUCUCAGCUUCUGGAUGCUGAUGUAAGUGAGGAAGUUGAGUUUUUAGGUUUCAUUUUAAAAAGUUGAAAAUAGAUAACUGAUAAUAGAUACAUUUGCACCCAAGAUGAAGUGGAAUCCACUACAUUACCUCGGUCUUUAGCAGUGGCAUAAAUAAACCAUGUGAGGUAGUAGGUGAGGAAAGCAAGAAAAGAGUUGUAGUGAUGCCUCAUUUUCCGUCCUUUUUCUACCGUUCGAUUUUUUAAAGGACACUUUACUUAGUCUGUCACACCGUGAGCAUUUGUGCAGCAACCUGUUAUCUGGAACUGUUUAGUAGGAUCCAUAAGAUGGACACCAAAUCAGUGGCAUGUUUUGUAAUGUUAAAUAGAUUUCUAUUUUCUCUGCAGUAAUGGUAUGUGAAGCAAUUACUAAAACAUUUAGACUUUUUUUUGUAGGAUUGUUAUAACAUUGCUGUUGUAUUUUUGACUUGUUUUGACUUGUAUUAACAUUUAUAAACUUUUUAAAAUGUCUUCAGAGCCUCUAAUGUCAGUCAUAUAAGCUUUUUCGUGUCUAUCCUCCCUCUACAUUUUUCCAUGUAUUGGAUAUCAUUUGCAUGUGAAUAGAACAUAAUUUCCCCUCUAUUUCUUUGUAGUAUAGAAUUAUCACUCAAACUCCAUUUGACUGAUUCGUUUAAAAGUAGUUUGUAUUUUGUCAUUGUGAAAUCUAUGUGCCUUUUGUUGAAAUGAAGCACACAAGAUUAAUUUGAAAGCUCCACUGUCUCUAUUGGCCUCUCCCUCAGGCAGAGCUGUGGCAAUCAUGUUGUAUUAAUCAUGUAUCUUAGUCACUGUCUUAGCUCAAAUAAACAUAUUUUAGAGUUUA